AUGGGCGGCGCGCCGGCGGCGGCAGUGGUGGUCGUGUUGGCUUUCAUGGCGGUGAUGGUGGUGGUGCCGGUGUUUGGUGCCGAUGGUGGUGACGGCCGGGUUCAGGUGCAGAGCUUGGAGCGGCCGGUUGGUGGUGGCGGCGGCGGCAAUGGCACGUCGUACAAUGCGACCAGCGUGGCCGGCCGGAAGGAUGGUGGCGGUGGCGGUGGUGGAGGAGGGGGAAGCAGUGGUGGGAGUUCUUGGAGCUAUGGAUGGGGGUGGGGCUGGGGCACUGACAGCGGCGGCGGUGGAAGCACCACCAGAGAUGGCUCCCUAUCCGCCUCCCCCAUCCAUGGUCUAGGGCCACUGGAUCUGUCUAAGAUGGAGGUCACCUACGCCACCUCCUUCUACGAUGAGUGGAAGAUAAAAGCAGUGGUUGGUGGGGAGAUGGAGGGUAGAUGA